AUGGCCUUUGUUCUUGAAAACACAGUUUUGGCAGUUCUGCUUCUCAUCUUAACUUCUUCAGUGAAGGUUUCCAUUGGAGAGGUUUAUAAGGUGGGAGAUUCUGCAGGUUGGACCACCAUUGGAAAUGUUGAUUAUAAGCAGUGGUCUGCCCCAAAAAAAUUCCAAAUUGGUGAUGUCAUUGUUUUUGAAUACAACCCUCAAUUUCACAAUGUGAUGCAAGUUACACAUGCUGAGUACAGAUCAUGCAAUGCAUCUUCUCCCAUUUCUACUCACACAACUGGAAAUGACUCUAUAACCAUCGAUACUCGUGGCCACCACUACUUCAUAUGCGCCGUCCCCGGUCACUGCCAGGCUGGACAGAAAGUCGAUAUCAAUGUUCUUCGCACUCCUUCAGUUGCCCCUUCACCUUCUGCAUCAUCCGUUCCUGUUCCCGUUCCUACUGUACUCGCACCUUCUCCCAACUAUGCAGCUCCAUUCUCGGCUUCAAAUAAGCCUUUCGAGAAAUUCGGAUGGCUAUGGCUUGUUUUGCAGAUUUUAUUCGUGGUUUAUUAA